CAACGUCAUCAACAACGCUCUCUUUUCAUAGAAUAUGGCAGGUGGUAAGAAGGCUCUGACGAAAGAAGAAGAACUUUUAUUGCAAGAUUUUAGUCGAAAUGUCUCGACUAAGUCUUCAGCUCUAUUUUAUGGCAACGCAUUUAUUGUGUCUGCCAUCCCUAUUUGGCUUUUCUGGAGAAUUCACCAGAUGGAUCCUUAUCAGUCAGCCAUUUUGUUUGUUGUUGUAACACUUGUAAGCACGUGGCUUGUAGCUUUUGCGUAUAAAAACGUGAAGUUUGUGUUGAAACACAAAGUUGCCCAAAAGAGAGAAGAAGCUGUCACUCGUGAAAUCAUGAAAAAACUAGUUGAUGACAAGAAGAUGUCAAAGAAAGAAAAAGAUGAAAGGAUUUUGUGGAAAAAAAAUGAAGUUGCUGACUAUGAAGCCACAACAUUUUCAAUCUUUUAUAACAAUGUACUUUUCCUGAUGUUGGUGAUUAUAGCCUCAUUUUAUGUGCUAUCUUCUUUCCAGCCUGGAAUUAAUUAUAUCAUAUCUGUUGGUACAGCUGGUGGAUUACUGGCCCUUUUUUCAACUGGCUCUCAGUAAAAAAAAAAUUACCAUAGCUAAUGCUGCCAUCUGAAUUCUAAUACAUUCCAGAAAACUUAAUUUGGUGUUUGAUUUGUUAUUGGUGUUAAGUAAAUACUGCAUUUGUAAUAAAUCACCCUUUUUAAUUCUGGU